ACCCAGGUUAUAAUUUUUUCUUUUUUUGUAUAAAUUUUAAAAUAUAUGUAUAUAAAAACUAAUUUAUCUGUUCAAAUCAACCGUUCAAUUCAAAAUUAUAUCCAGUCUUCCCAGAUGCGCUCUGACGGUCAUGUGGCAAAUUAUCUCCAGUCUUCUCAUCUAUUACUUAUUUAGAUUCGCUAUUUUCUCAAAACGUUUUGUGAAAGUCACGAAGUUCAGCACGGUGAGACACGAAGUUCAGCAGGGUGCAUCAAGUGGAAUUGGUGCCGAAACAUGUAGGGUUCUUGCAUUACGUGGUGUACAUGUAAUAAUGGGGGUGAGGAACGCAUCAGCCGGUGCAUGUGUGAAAGCAGUAAUAAUAAAAGAAAUUCCCAAUGCUAAAGUUGAUGUCAUGGUUUUAGACCUCAGUUCAAUGUCAUCGAUAAGAAAUUUUGCGGAGAACUUCAACUCGCAAAAUCUUCCAUUGAAUAUCCUUAUUAAUAAUGCAGGAAUUGCUUUUGCUCCUUUCACACUUUCUGAGGAUGGCAUUGAGCUGCAUUUUGCCACAAACCACUUGGGCCAUUUUCUUUUAACACAUCUCUUGUUGGAGGGCAUGAAAAGGACUGCUCAGGAAACUAACAUAGAAGGAAGGAUCAUCAUUGUUUCUUCAGAUAGUUACAAGCUUACAUACCAUGAAGGAAUUCGCUUUGAUAGGAUCAAUGAUGAAUUGGGGUACAAAAGUAUUCUUGCUUAUGGGCAAUCCAAGCUCGCCAAUAUUUUGCAUGCUCAGGAGCUCUCUAAGCAAUUGAAGCAUGAAGAUGUGAAGAUAACAGUUAAUGCACUUCAUCCAGGGGGUAUCGUCACCAAUAUCAUGCGGUAUCAAGGUUUUCUUGAUGGUCUUGUAGCUACACUUGGUAAAUAUGUAUUGAAAAAUGUUCAACAAGGAGCAGCCACAACAUGCUACUUGGCAUUGCAUCCGCAAGUGCGGGGAGUCAGCGGCAAAUUCUUCGUCGACAGCAAUAUAACAGAAGUAAAAUCUCAUGCGACCGACGAAGAUCUCGCGAAGAAGCUGUGGGAUUUUAGCAUGGGCUUAAUCAAAGUACAGAUGACUUCCUGAAAGAAAUGCAUUUGUACAGAAAAACAUAUCUGCAUCUCAGACAACAUCUGAAAGAAAUGUAUUUGUACAGAAAAAUGAUAUCAGUAUCUCAGACAACAUGUAAAAUUUUGGAUAAAUGGUUUUUAGGACAGUGAUCAUCUGCUGUACUAGAAUAUAACUUUUCGAACAGUUUCUCUAUGUUAAUUGCCCACCAAACAGUUCAGAAAAAUCAGCAAUAUAAAAAGAGGCAGCAUUAGAUUUAUUAGAAAA